UGGACAAAUUAGCGAGAUUUCUUUCCAUUUUCUUUUAUUUUUCAAACUUAUAAUGCCUCCAAAAAGAAAACAGCUUCGACGAAACUCAUCAAGUAUCGAUUCAAAUAGUUUGCAACAGCAAAAUCUGUUGCAUGUCUGUGGAUACUGCUCCAAACUGAUGGGAAACGAUGAAAAAGAACAUUUGGAACAUGCAAUGAGCCAUCAGAACGAAGUAACCCAAUGUCGUACCUGCUGUAUUCCUGUAAAUAAAGAAGAAACAGAAGAUCAUCUGAAACGAAUUCAUGCCUGCAAUUAUCGUCACAUCAAAUUUUCCAUUGACAACUCUUUAAUCGAACUUCGGAUCGCCGCUGGAAAAUCAUAUUCAAACUUUUGGGGUAUUCGCCUCUCUUCAACGGAUUCCACACUAAACAGCUUCAGUUCAAACUCUGCAAGAUGGUGGCAGAACUUUAAAAAUGGGCGGUCUCUUGGGACAUUCCGAAUUCUAAAUUCAAAAUUUAGCUGGAAAUGUCCAAUGUGUGAAGGAAAAUCAGCCGUUAAUUUCAAUGAGACAAUCAGUAUGCGGACAUACGCCCUGACUCAUUUAGAACAUCAUCAUUUCGAAGAAGUUAUGGUUAGUGUUCCUGGGUUUUUCGAAUUUGAGUGGUAUCAUCUCAAUGAAGAGACUGAUUUCGAUGUGAGAGCCUUAAUGCAUAUACGACAACAAAGAAUUAUGUGCAAAGGGCGGAGCUAUUUGACAUUUUACACUAUUAACUUGUCUAAAAUGGAAAACGGUGAGAAUUUCCUGACAAAGUUGAAGAAAAGAAGUGGAAUGGAGAAGGAAGAAGUCAGAUAUUGUCUUGUUUGUUGCUGCUUGGUGUCUUCUGAAACAAUUAAACAACACUUUCGAUUAUCAAGUCAUAGUUGUCUAGAUCCUAUCGCAUCGAGCUCAUCCUUCACACAUGUCCAACCUGACCCAAAAGAAGUUGCGAACGAAGCCGGUGAGAAUGUGAAUAACGCUGAAAAUCCAGAAGAAGAAGAAGUAUACACUUUUGAAUUUCCCAAGGAAUUGUUUCUAUAUUCUAAUGUUUUCAAGAACCUACGAAAAGAUGAAUUCAAGUGGCGUUGUUGUCUCUGUCCACGUGCCCAUGCUCACAUUUUCACGACUCAACUCAUUAUGAGAAUGUAUGCUCUUCGACAUAUUGAUCAACAUCACAAGUACCUUUUUACUGAAGAAUUCAUGAAUUAUGAAUGGUUAUCGGCGAAACAUGAAAUCAGAGCUUCAUUCGAUAUUAGAACAUUCACACCUCUUCAGUAUACGAUUAAGGGAGAAUCAACGUUCAAUGCAACAGAUCCAAAUGAUUAUACUCUUCCACAGCAAUACUUUUUUAUUCCAAAAGAUUUCAUCAACGAGACAGUCAUUUGUGGGUUCUGCUAUCGAUCAUUUAAUAAAAUUGAUUUUCUACUUCAUAUCGUUCUUCAUGGAUUUAGAGUCGUCACCAGAGAAACUGCAAAACUUCGUCCAGCGUCUUAUACUGAAACCGCGAAUGAAUUGAUGGGACAAAAUAACUAUUCGGAUGGUGGACUUGAUGAUGAACCACACAAUAUUUUGUCUGUCGAUGGGAAGCGGCUAAAAUCAAAAAUGGAUUUAUUAGCUAAAAGAAGUUACCUGAAUGUUCCUCGAUUCUCAGAAGUAACUACGCCUGGCAAAAGUGAAAGAGACACUGAUGGAGAAAUUUAUACGCCAAGUGGUCGAAGAUCUGCUAUGAAUGCUCGAAAACUUCUCACUGAAACCUUCAAAGUUCUCCAAGAUAACUUUCGAAAUAGGAAAGACACGUGGAAUGAAUCAUCGUGCUCUUCUUCGUCUUCGUCGGAUGAAUCAAACUCUGAAGACGAUAGAUUCGAACGGAAUUUGUUAUUAGAAGCUACUACAAAAGAUGAGAGACGAGAAAGAUCGAAAAGUACAGAACUUAAAGUGAAAGAUUUAUCAAAAAUGAGGCCAGCUGAAGUUCGUGAAUGGGUUAAAAGAGAAGCUGAAAAGCGAGGAGUUGACUGGAAAGAUCAGUCAUCAUCAUCAGAAGGAGAAGAUAUGGAAUCGGAAACUACCACGGAACGAAUAGCAGGAAAUAAUUGGAAUAAUAUGAGAUUAAAAGAUAUCAAAGAACUUGUUCGCACAGCAGCAAAAAGGAAGAAGAUUGAUAUUUCAAACGAUUCCAGUAGUGAUUCAGAUGAUUGUUAGAUUACGUAGUAAUUUAUUCGUUGUUAAUUUAUUAAAAUAGUUUCAAAAAUAGUUUUUCGAUACUCAAAAAAUAAAUGCUUUCAAUUUUU